UAGGUGGGUUAGCCUAGCAGACGACGGGUCGGCGGCCGCAGCAGACAGCGCAUAGCCAGCGUCGCUUGCGGGCGCUCGGUAGCGAGCGUUUCAAAUCGGUUGGCGAAAUCGGUUCGCGUUGCCGCGCGCAAAGGGCAAAGUCGCAGGAGUUCGUCGUCGAGGAGUUUGACUGCGUGCGUGACAGCACCACGUAACAGACGCGAUGGAUGCCGAGGCGUUCCUGGACAUGGCCAACCAGGUCAUCAAGCUGAAAAUGUUCCCGUACUUCGACAUAGCGCAUUGCGUACUGUGCGCGCUGCACGUCCGGGAGGACCUAGGACCCGGUGCGCAAGCCUUUUCUCGUAAGCAUCCUUUAUCAUGCUGGCUGUCGACAAUGCUGGUCGUUUUUGCGAGCGGUAUGCUGUGCAACGGAUUAUUAGGGGAACCUAUACUCGCACCUUUGAAAAAUACGCCACAAGUGAUAGUUGCUACUGUUGUUUGGUAUGUGAUAUUUUACACGCCGUUUGACAUUGGUUAUAAGGUAGCCAAGUUCUUGCCAGUAAAAAUAGUGUGUUCAGCUAUGAAAGAAAUUUAUAGGUGUAAAAAGGUAUACGAUGGAGUAACUCAUGCGGGGAAACUUUAUCCAAAUGCAUAUCUGAUUAUGAUAUUGAUUGGCACGCUCAAAGGUAAUGGAGCUGGAUUUACGAAAUUAUUCGAACGUCUUAUACGUGGUGUAUGGACACCGACGGCGAUGGAAUUCAUGCAACCUAGUUUUCCCACGAAAGCAUCGAUGGUUGCAUCGAUUAUCUUUGUGUUAGAUAAGAAGACUGAUCUCAUUUCUGCACCUCAUGCUCUCGUGUACUUCGGCAUUGUUAUCUUCUUUGUCUAUUUCAAGUUAUCAUCAAUAUUGCUUGGCAUUCGUGAUCCGUUCGUGCCAUUUGAAAAUCUGUUCUGCGCCUUGUUCCUGGGAGGAAUUUGGGAUUCGCUGGCUAAGUUGCUGGGCCGCGGCCAGGCUAAAGACGAAAAGGCGGACACAAAGAAAACAAAUUAAAUGAUAAAGAUCAUUCUGCAAGAAAUAUCAUUUUGCAAGCCAGCGUCAGCUACUUAAGAAAUAACAAAACUAUUUGAAGCUAGUCAGAUGACAGCAGAGUUAUUAUGUGACUCUUGACAAAUCAUCAAAGUUGGAAGUACAAUAAUUUCUCGUAUAUUCUACAUAUAAAUAUAUCUAUGUAUACGUACAUAAUUUAAUAUGGCGGAAGUUACUCAACGUUUAAAGUGUGUGUCUUAUAAAAGUAUUGACAGUAUUAUUUUAAAUGAUGUUCAACCGCAAAUGUACUCUAUCCCGCAUCAUUUGUUUCUCUCUCUCUCUCUCUCUCUCUCUCUCUCUCUCUCUCUCUCUCUCUCUCUCUGUGCACUCGUAAAUUAAUCAAGCGAUUUUACAAGCACGUAUUUUAUGUAGAACUUUGCUUUUGUUAAUAACUGUAAAUAUUACGUGCGGGUUACUUAUCUUUAGUAUGAAUUAUUAUCGAGUGUGAUAAGAAACACGAUUCAAUCAGCAAGCACCAGAAGUGUGUUCCAUGUGCCAAGUUUGAUAGUACAUCUUAUCUAACUUUUAAUCCGUUAUCAAGUUUGUGGUGCAGUGAUGUGACUUUUAUCGCUGUAUAAAUGCAUGUUAGGAUACAUUUUAGCAAUUUGAAACAUGCAUCUUACACUGAUGAAACUUGUCUUACUCGCUCGUAAUAAUAUUUCUACGGAAAGGAAAUAAAUCUCUCUACUCAGGAUAAAUAAGAUUUCCAUGAUAUUAUCACGAAUUUGUAAAUCAUAUAAAGCGAACUAUAUAAGGCAUCGCUGUGCAGAAACUAGCAUGUAAAAACGAACAAUACAGGAAAAUAUGUAAAUGUCUUUUAUACUAUUUUAUUAAAUUCAUAUACCGACGUAUCGUGUAUACCAGAAACGCUUGCUUUCAUUCUUAGCGACACAGAUACAUGUACUUUGCAAUUGAGAAUAUCCUGUGUUCUGAUCGUGAAAAUACUUUCGUAUAAUAAAAUGAGAUUUGUGAAAC